AUGACUAUGGAUUUAAAAGAGAUUAUUAAAUGGUUUAUACCGUGUUUUCAUAUUUUGCUACUUUUCAAUAAAAUUAUGGAUAGACGAUUGACAUUUGUUUGUUUGUGUUUAUUUUUUAAUUUCUGCUCCAUUGAUGGGGCAAAGGUAAAUAGUGAUGUACAGUUAAAUUUAAGUCAAAAUAGUAUUAAUAGUACCAAAAAUAUAGUUAAUAAUGGAGAAGUGUCCAAGUUUAACCAAAGUGAAGAAAUUGGGAAGAAUAAUGCGAACCAUCUAGAAUUUAGCUCGGAUGGUGCGUCAGUAGGGAGAACAUUCGGCCGACCACUUAAGAAGAUGAUGGGAGCUUUACUGCCGGUACUGUUCCAGAUAGGCGCAGCAUCCACGUGGGCGGUGGUUGCCGCUCUGGUGGGAGUCAAGACUCUAAUAGUAGCUGUCGUUAUACUCAAACUGUUACUAGUGGCUGGAGCAGCGAAGUUGGGGGCGCUGUUCGCUAGUAAGGGCGGUCAUCAUGGUCAUCAGGGCUGGGAGCCGCAUCAGAAAGAGAUACACCUGCACAUCCACAACGGUCACGUAUCCACUGAUGAACACAUAUCCGAUUGGAAUCGAGGUAGCUCGCCGUUGGGAGUUGACACGCAUAAUAUUUUAGGUGCAAAACCAUAUUACAAUUCUGGACCACAAACAAUCAACACACCGUAUGGAAGUUAUAUUAAAAUUGACUAGUUUGUGAUACUGACUUUAUUAAAAUUAAGGACUGUAUUGAUACUUUAAAUAUUAUGUCAACACUAUUGUAUACUUCUUCUAGAGAAUAUUUUAGUUGAUAAAAGAAAGUCACGUGUGUGUAUUUAAAGUGCAAUUUAAUAGUUCGUAGUUCAGCGAUGGUGCUGCCACCUAUAAUAGGAACAUUUCCUAGUAUUUAUUUUAAAAUUUAAUUAAUCAUUUUAAUAUUUUUAUGUAAAUAUUUUGUAGGAUAGAGGAGUUAUAAGUAUAUUAAGACCUUUAAUAAGUAUAUUUUAAUUUAAUUACAUGUUUAUUUUUAUAAUACAUAUGUUCCAACUUUUGGCUGAAUUUCAAAAUUUAUGUGGAAACUCCAUUUUUAGCACAAAUCUUUAUAAUAUUUCUGAAGUAUUGUUAAAUUAAAAUAGUUAGUAUCUGUCUAUUUUAUGGAACGCGACCUUUUUGACCUAUUAACGAACACAAACAAAAACGAUCUUUAUUAAUUUAGCAUAUAAGUUGAGUUUUAUAAAAAAUAUAUUAGUCAAAUGUAUAGACGUUUUUGGUUUGUUUUUUCGUCAAAAUCUCGCGAAGUGUCCACUACUUAACUUAAAUUACUGGUCUAUGUACGCGGGGGAGUUUUAAUCCGCGUUUGUCCGCCGCGGACAUUAUUCACACCAUUUUUUUUAUUGGGUCGUUUGGGCUUUUGUCAGGUUCUUGGACCUGUAGCACUGCGACCUGCAUAGAUCUAUUGUGCUCGCUCUUUUUCUCUUACUUUUCCGAACCCUCCCCCUGGGGGGAAAACGGCUUAUUAGUAAUGUGGAUUAAUAACCAUGUCAGGUUGACCUGCACGCGGCUCUCCAUGGAAACCAUCAUGUUAAAUUCUUAGUGAAUCUUUAUCACUGUGGCCUAACUAGGCCACAGUGAUAAAGAUUAGAUGAACAUAGGGUCACGUCAGUUGACCUGACCCUAUGUUCAUCUAAUCAUCCUCCACUGGUGCCCCGCCAGCGUAUACCGUUAGCGCAGGCGGGUGCACCAUUCCAUUACCAUCCAUUAUAAAAAAAGGAAUGCACAAGUAGAAGUGAUACUUCAAUUGACCGUUGUCUCUCCGCCGCCACUAGCCUUUCUCUCUUUCUCUUACAAGAUGAUAUAUCGUCACGUCACGCAACAAUAACGCUUUUUCAUGACUGAAAAAUUCUAAUACUAGGAUAUUGUUUUUCAGUUACGCUCAAAAUCUAUAUAGAAGUUUCACUUUAAUAUCAUCAUCAUCAUCUGCUUCUUCCUUAUCCCAUUUAUUUGGGGUCGGCGUAAUAUGUUUUUCUCUUCCAGUCAUCUCUGUUCGCAGUCAUUCCGUUAUUUACUCCCUUUCUCACCAUAUCAUCUUUCACACAGUCCAUCCAUCUCUUUUUCGGUCUUCCUCUACCCUUAUAACCAUCCACAUUCAUAUGUAACACCGUCCUUAGGAUAUGAUCUUCAUUCCUACGUUUCACUUUAAUAUAACUUCCCUUUAAUAACUUACUUCUACGUAAGGAUAUGUUUUUAUUAUAGUAUUUUAUAUUUUAAUAGAGUAAAAUAAACACAAAACUCCCCCGUUUAUGUACGUCUUUAGUGUUAAGAGUAAUUUUAUACUUAU